CUGGUCAACACAUCUGGACAAGUCGCACAUUGAGCUUCUCUCCAAACUUCUCAAUGAGUUCGAUACCCGAGCUGGGCGGGAUUUCCGCUACAUCAAAUGAUUCAGUCACACAAAAACAGCCUAACGUUUUCACGAGCCAUUCUGACUUAAACAAACACGACGAACAUGCAGCAGAUUCGAGAAAUAGUGAAGAAGACGACGGGGAAAAAGAGAAAGAGAAGAAGGAAGAAGACAAGGAAGAGGACGAGCAAGAAAAGGAAGAGGAAGAAGAAGAAGAAGAAGAAGAAGAAGAAGAAGAAGAAGAGGAGGAGGAGGAGGAGGAGGAGGAGGAGGAACAAGGAGAAGAGGAAGAAGAUGAGGAAGAAGAAGAGGAAGAAGAGGAGGAGGAUGAAGAAGAGGAGGAAGAGGAGGAUGAAGAAGAGGAGGAAGAGGAGGAUGAAGAGCCAAAACUGAACUAUCAACGACUUGGUGCAGGGAUUGGCGACAUGCUCAAAAAGGAUUCCGCAAGCGCGACGACUGUAUCUGAGCGCUUCUUGGCAAUGGGAACUCACUGGGGAGUCGUUCACAUCAUGGAUUUUGAGGGAAACGAGAAUCAAAAGUUUCAGGCCCAUCAGGCCACGGUGAAUGACCUUAGUGUGGAUUUAGAUGGAGAGUAUAUUGCUAGUGCUUCUGAUGAUGGCAAGGUCGUAAUCAAUGGAUUGUUUCAAAGUGAAAACCAAGUUUUCAAUUACAAACGUCCUGUGAAGGCUGUCGCCCUCGAACCACAUUAUGCUCGAUCUAACUCUCGCCAAUUUGUCUCAGGAGGCAUGGCAGGACAACUUAUUCUCAAUGAGAAAGGAUGGCUCGGUAACAGGGACGUUAUACUGCAUUCAGGAGAAGGCCCCAUCUAUGCAAUUAAAUGGCGCGGCAAUCUGAUAGCAUGGUCUAAUGAUUUGGGAGUCAAAAUUUACGACACUACAACCGAACAACGUAUCACUUUUAUUGAUCGACCUGGGUCUAGCCCAAGAGCAGAUUUAUUUAAAUGUAGAUUAUGCUGGAGAAAUGAUGUAGAACUGUUGAUCGGAUGGGCUGCACUGGUCAAGAUUGCUGUAGUUAAGAGCCGACCCAAGGAUCAAAUCAAGGCAGGAUUUCCAGCACAAUAUGUCGAAAUUACGACAAUGUUCCAAACCGAUUUUAUCGUAUGUGGCAUUGCACCUUUCAAAGAUAUGCUACUGCUUAUGGCCUAUGUAGUUGAUGACAUUGAUGAAAUUGCUCAUGUUACUGGCGCGGAAAGGAAUGUGCGCAAGCUUGCGAAGCGACCUGAGCUGAGGAUUAUCAACGCUUAUAAUGAAGAGAUUAGCUCUGAUGCUUUAACUCUACAUGGAUAUGCACAUUACCAGGCCAAUGACUACAUGUUUGAAUAUCUGACAUCACAGGAUAUGUUUUACAUUGGUAGCCCAAAAGACCUUGUUGUUGCAAAAGAGCGUGACCUUGACGACCAUAUUGAAUGGCUCAUGGAGCGCGAACGCUAUGAAGAAGCCUUGGGACAUGCUCGUGAAGCGCAAGUCUAUGGGGGCAGCAAGAGAUUCAAUGCAAGUGAGAUUGGGCAAAAAUAUCUCGGUUGGCUCCUUGAUCGAAAUGAGUAUGGUAAAGCAGCAGAACAAUGCCCCAGCAUCCUUGGUCAAGAUGCGGAACUUUGGGAGCAUUGGAUUUAUGCGUUUGCCGGUGCUAGACAACUAAAGGCUAUCGCCGGAUAUAUACCAUUCAAGGAGCCUACGCUCAGUAGCACCAUUUAUGAGCUUGUCCUUAAUCAUUUCCUUUUGCAUGACCAUCAGUCUUUAUUCAAGACUGUUAAAAGUUUUCCACCCGGACUUUAUAAUAUCCAAAAUGUUAUUGCAGCUGUAGAAGAUCGCCUCAAGAAAGACAAGGACAACGUGCUUCUCAUGGAAUCUCUUGCAGAACUAUAUACCCGAGAUGGCCGUGCCGACCGCGCACUUGAAUAUUUCUUGAGGUUGAGGAGACCAAACGUUUUUGAUCUCAUCCGUGGGCACGACUUAUUUUCUGCAGUGCGCGACAAAGCUGUACUCUUAAUGGAGUUUGAUCAAUAUUUGUACGAUCAGGAGAAAAAGAAGCGAGAGGAAGCACGGGCGAAGGAGAGUGAUAAAGCUAAAGAUAUGUCUGAGAAGGCUGAAAUACCACAACCUCACGAUCCGACAGCGGAAGAAGAGCUUGUCAAAGGACCUGCUGUACAACUUAUGGUUCAGCACACAGAGGAGAUUCCGAUCAAAAGAGUCGUUCCGCAACUCAAGAGCCACCCUCGUCUGCUGCAUAUUUACUUGGAUGCGCUUUUUUUGCGGGACCCGCAUCUUAGUUUUGAGUUCCAUGAUCUUCAAGUGGUUCUUUAUGCAGAUUAUGCACCGGGCAAGCUAAUUGAUUUUCUAAGAGCCAGCAAUUACUAUUCAUUAGAAAAGGCUUACCGUGCUUGUGAGCAACGUGAUCUUGUACCAGAAAUGGUAUUCUUGUUAGGCCGUAUGGGAAAUAACAAAAAGGCAUUAAUGCUGAUCAUUGAGCGUCUUGGCGACGUGGAGCGUGCAAUUAAUUUUGCAAAGGAACAAAACGAUGACGAUCUUUGGGAAGAUCUCCUCAAGUAUUCCAUGGAUAAACCACAUUUUAUUCGCGGUCUGCUCCAGAAUGUUGGCACAGAGAUUGAUCCAAUUCGCUUAAUUCGCCGAAUCCCCAAUGGACUUGCGAUUCCUGAUCUGCGUCCUGCACUCUUGAAGAUCUUGCAGGAUUUUAAUCUCCAAAUGUCCUUGCGUGAGGGCUGUAGACGCAUUUUGGUCAGUGAUAGUGUUGCUAUGGCUGAUCAGUUGCAGCGAUCUCAGAAGCGAGGAAUUUCUUGUUCAGAAGAAACACUGUGCGCUCGCUGUCAAGAGCCUAUUUUCAUCGCAGGCGAGAACCGGCUUCCUGGGACAUCCAUCUCGACAUUCGUGAUGUUCUUUUGCAGACAUGCAUAUCAUGAUCGAUGCUUAUUCAUGGAUGAUCAAGAUACGAUGCCUAAAAUGAAGUCGACCCUAGCAAAGGUCACACUCAGGGCUAAAGCGAACCAUGCGGCUUUAGUACGUUCAAAGCGUGGUCGCACACCUUGCCCACUCUGUGUAGAUCAAGCAAAAGUAGACAUUAGUGCACGAUAAUUACUAUCACUAGGGUAGACUAUCAUAAAGACCUCAACAAGUAC